UCAACACUAUAAAAUCUUUAUCUGUUCUUGACAGGUCUCUACCUCGGUAAAAAUGUCAGAUGAUUUGUAUGGCAAGUUCCUAGCACCAGAUGAACCAUUCCCCUUGUUACCACAAAGGGGACACACAAGUGACGUUGCCAGCCUUGAUAUUAGUGAUUUUGGCUGUCAGCUUUCAUCAUGCCACAGAACUGAUCCAUUGCGUAGACUCCAUACCAACAGGUGGAAUUUGACUUCCUGUGGGACAAGUGUAGCAAGCUCUGAAUGCAGUGAGGAACUCUUCUCGUCUGUUUCAUGUGGUGAUCAGGAAGACUGCUAUUCCCUGCUGGAUGAUCAGGAAUUCACUCAGAAUGCAUCCUUUGACCUCUUUCCAGAGGGUAGUGUCUGUAGUGACGUAUCUUCUUCAAUCAGUACCUAUUGGGAUUGGUCAGACAGUGAGUUCGAAUGGCAGCUGCCUGGCAGUGAUUUUGCAAGUGGAAGUGAUGUCUUGUCUGAUGUGGUUCCUAGCAUUCCAAGUUCUUGCCCUGUUUUAAAGCGAAGAAGCAAACAACACAGAAGUUUAGAUGAGCUUCCUUGGAGUGCAAUGUCUAAUGAUGAGCAGGUUGAAUAUAUUGAAUACCUGAGUCGUAAAGUCAGUACAGAAAUGGGUCUGCGGGAACAGCUGGACAUUAUCAAAAUUAUUGAUCCAAAUGCUCAGAUUUCCCCUACAGACAGUGAAUUUAUAAUUGAGCUGAACUGUCUAACAGAUGAAAAGCUAAAACAGGUAAGAAAUUACAUCAAAGAGCAUGGUGCCCGCCAGCGCUCUGUACGUGAAAGCUGGAGAAGAGGUAGUUAUACUGGCUGUGGGGUCAGCGGUUUGAGUGGAGCCAGUAGUAGCAGUGGCAGCAUGGUAAGCUCAGCCAGCAGCACUGGAUCCAGUGGUUGUAACUCUGCAUCUGCUUCAAGUGCCAACAUGAGCCGAGCGCACAGCGACAGUAACCUGUCCACAAGUGCAGCUGAGAGAAUAAGAGACUCAAAGGUUCUUUCUCCCUGAUUGCACAAGUAAUGCAGUGAAGAUCCAUCAGGAAAGCUGCUGCGAAAUUUGUUUCAUCAGAAAAAUCUGAAUCAACACCCUUCUUCCUUUGGCACCGAACUCAAACGUGUGCCAAUAUCACGAAAAUCAAAGCACUGCACUUUUGAGUAGCAGGAGCAUAUCAUGAUCUCCUUCGGAUGGAGAAAUCAGAUUUGUUUAUCAGUUUAUUUCAGAAGAAGAAUACAUGGGGUUUGUACUCUCCAAAAGUGAGAGUUGUGUGGUGCGACAUGGAAGAAGUGGUUAAGAACAGCAUGUUUUCUGAGCUUUGUCCGUCACAUUGGACUAUCGAGUUUUACCUGCCGCGCACGGGAGCAAGUUGAUCAAUGAGAUACUCUGCUUUUUAUUACCUUAACUCUGUGGCUUAAAUAGCUGACUACCUGUUUUAUUAAAAAAAAGGAUGAAUGUGGUGAGACGACUCGUACCUUUCUUCCUACCUUUUCUCAAUCCAAUCCUUCCCAAUUGUUCAACAGAAGCGAUCCAAGCAGCGUAAGCUGCAACAGAAAGCCAUGCGGAAGCGUCAGUUGAAAGAGCAGCGACAAGCAAGGAAAGAAAGACUGAGUGGCUUAUUUCUAAAUGAGGAAGUGCUCUCUGUGAAAGUGGCAGAAGAAGACCAUGAAGCAGAUGUGGACAUCUUAAUGUGACCAAGUGUAAAAUAGCAUUGUAUGUUGAAUUUAAAAGAUAAUCCAUUAUAACACUAGCCAGCCGCAAGACUGGAACUGAAAGCUUGAGAUAAAGAGGGAUGAUUUCCGUUUACAACUUAACAUUCUAUACCUUAUUUCGUGUUUUUAAGACAUCUCAGUAAUUUUAUUGAAGCUGCUGAACACUGAUUUGUACAGAAAACUAAUGUAGCCAAUAACGUAUCUGAAUGACCUGGCAACAACAAUGUGCUUUUGAAACUAUAUAUACUCCCAUAGCACUAUUUUAGUGGAAAUAUAUUUCAUUAUUUGUGCAUCACUGUGGUAUUUGAAAUAUUGCCUGUGAAAUAUACAUGUGUAUUAAGAUAAUUCAUGUUUUGAUUCUUUACUUGCAAAAUAGUUAUUAUGUGAAAUUUUUGGAUAGUUUGGCAAUGUUCAAUAAUUGUUGCCACCAGUGGAGUAAUUACCUGCCAUUACCAAAUUGCAUGAUUAGCUCAGUCAGCUUUUGACAUUUUUAUUGAAUGAUGCAUUUAUCCAUAUAUGGGUCCUGGUGUAUGCAAAGGCUAUGGCAUAGAAAUUCCUUACAAGUCCAAUGAUAUUUUUCAGAGUAGACUUAAUGGAGAAGAAAAGUCUAAUAGGAAUAUUUAUAUUAUUGAAAAUACCCCUCUCACCUCAUGCUUAUAGAGGGGGAAAAUAUAAUAGUUGGAACAAAAUUUUGUUUACAAAGUCUCAUUUCCUUUUGACACAAGACUUUCAAAGUCAAGUUUCCCACCAAGCAGACCACUUGUGAUAUUGUCACUGGGGAUAAUCUGAAGAGGUUCUGUUGAAGAUCCAGGCCUUCCUCUUGGCCUGAUGUCUGUUUCACAGCUGUGGUAUUCAUUCUUCAUCGUUGACGGGAGUUGGGCUGAAAGUUCCUCACAGCCUGCUUCCCAGUAUUACUUGAGCUCUGCAGCGAGAGAAGAUCAGUUGGAAGUUAUAACUCCAGUGAACCACCACUACAUGUGUGGAAUGUAACCAUACAUGCUGAGAAUGGAGACCAAAGUGAGAUGGGUCCCACCUUCCAAGACAAUGUCAACAUUUUUUUUUUAAAUGAGAAAGUCUUUAAUUUGCCAUGAAGAUCACUCCCUUUCCUCUAACAUUGCUAUCUGGCAGCGUCUGUGGAGGGAAAACAGUUAACCUUUUGACUCCAAUGACUUAGUCUAACCCCUUUCCCCUGAACCAACCCCCUCUCCCAUGUCUCCCUGGACCCCAGAUUUCCUUUUCUUUGCCGCAACAAUGCUACGUAUGCUGUACAGUAAAAGGGGAAAUAGCUGAAUAAUAUGCUGUGUGCAAUAUUUACUGUAAAUCUGGUAGGUCAGUAGAUUUCAUGCAGAGCAAAAGAGAGGAAUUGUAAAGUAGGUUAAUAUAAAAUGAAGACCUGUGGAACCUGGAGAUCUGAAACAAAAGGUGCUGGAGAAGCUCAACAUGUCUUGCACCAUUUGCGGAGAGGAAAUGCAUUUUGAGUCUAGUGACUAGAGUUUCUCCAGCACUUUCUGUUUCUGUAGGUUAUUGCGUUCUUAACAACGUGAAGGAAAAGUGUCAAAACAAGUGUUUUGCAUCUAAUAUUAAGCACAAGGGAAUCAAUUAUUUUUGCACACCUUCAUGUGUAAAGGAAAAAUGAUGGAGAAGCAUUAAUAGAUCACAUCAGAUUUCAAUUCAAAAAAAGAUAAUUGCUGUGCUCCAAAGAGCAGACGUUGGUGGCCUUUUUCCAAGUUACACUGUUGUUGAAACCUUGCGGCCUUGUUGCUUCUGGUUCAGUUGUAACUGAUUACCUUUUGUAUGUAAAAAAAAAUGACUUGGCAAUGUGUUGAAUGUUUUAGAUGAGAAAGAUAAAACAAAACCCUUUUGUUUUGCACAUGGAUUUGUCUGUGCUGGAAUUUCUCAUCUAGAUGUAUGGGAAAUUAAUUAUCCCUAACGGUGGAGUUAUUUUUUGCUUGUUUUGAAGAGUUGGCUAAUUUAAUGUUUUCUUUGAACAGUUCUGAAGGUGAAGCUUGGGACAUGAAUUGUGUGUAAAAUCUCUGUGUGAGAGAGAGUAAUCUGAUAAUUUGAAAAUAAUAAUUUGCAUAUCAGAGUAGAAUUAUUUCCACUCACAGCUCUAUCAGAAGAACCGACAAUUAUGUCGGUAGGUGCCGCACUAUGGCUGAUGUUAACCCAUGAGAUAUAUUCAUGAGGCUGGUGUCUUCAGGGAGCAUUGGAUAUGAAAGUUUUGCUCCCAGCCUCAAGCACAAUAGUGUGUAUCAAAGUUACUUUGUCCAGUAGCAGGAAUAAUGCGUGUUCUGACUUGUGGGAUUGCGUUUUAAAAGCCAAACCAGUACUACUUGAAUACUGCUGGAAAUGAGAAACAUUUUGGCAAAGCUUUGUAUCUUGCACUCAUCAGGACAGAAGCAAGAAUACCAAUUCUCAGUGGCAACUACAAUCUAUAAUGCUCAAGUGGUUGAUAAGGAAUCCACUUUGUUGACUAACCAUGCUGUGCAGUCUAAAAUGUUGUUCCUUUUUGAAAUUUGGCAAUCUUCUGUCUUGAGUGCAAGUUGAAAAUCUUCAGCAUGUUUCUUUUCUUUAGGCAGUACUUAGGCUCUGCACCACCAAUUAACUACUUGAAUACUGCAUAAUCGUUGUUGUAAAAGUCAUGUCUUGUGGUAUAAAAUAUAUUGGCAUGAAACUUCCAUCUUGCAGGGCUGUACAUAAGUUUGCCACUUGAUAUUUUAGUGUAAUUUUUGUCACCCUAUUGAAUAUACGAAGAUGUGAAAAUAGUGGCAAUGACUGAUUUCUGUAGCACUGUGUAACAGUGGGUCAUUCCAUUUUACUAUAUCUGCUGCUAUGUCUGUUCAGAAUUGUACAGUGAUCAUAGUCUUUAAAAAAAUGCAGGUUUUGGAUUUAUUUUUUGCAUAGCAGAAUCUUUUAUGAAUUCUGCAGGUUGCUGUUUUCUAUUGGAGUAUAUUAAAAUUAUUUACGUCAA